UGCACCAGGGGGAGGAUACGCGCCUAUAUAACAACGAUGUUCCACUGAUUGGACGAAGUAAGCUACGUUUUCCUGCGCCUAGGGAACCCAGAGUACGCGGGCCCGACCGGGCGGCACUGCGACAAUUAUGAAAUUUCGCCCGAGAUGCGCGGUUGUGGUAGUGGUGCUACUGCAAGCCGUCCUUGUGGCGAGUAAGGCACUGGACCAAACACAGCUACAAACACAAGCACAGCAACAAAUUCAAUAUGGUACCGUGGCACAAAAACGAUGGGAUGGAGGACCAAGUGGACUCGGAGGAGACUCAAGUGGACAUGGAGGCGGAGAUUUUGGCGGGGGUGGUGAUUUAGGAGGUCACGGAGGUGGAGGCGGUGGUUACGGUGGCGGAGGUGGCGAUUUAGGAGGUCACGGAGGUGGAGGCGGUGGUUACGGAGGCGGAGGUGGCGAUUUAGGAGGUCACGGAGGUGGAGGCGGCGGUGGUGGUUACGGAGGAGGAGGAGGAGGCGAUUUUGGUGGUCACGGAGGUGGAGGAGGAGGAGGUGGAUACGAUCUCGGUGGUCACGGCGGAGGUGGAGGCGGCGAUUUCGGAGGCCAUGGAGGAGGCGGAGGUGACUUCGGAGGUUACGGUGGUGGAGGCGGCGAUGGAGGUGGACACGGAGGUGGUCAUGGAGGCGAUUUAGGAGGAGGCGGAGGUUACGGAGGUGGAGGCGGAGGAGGAGGCGGUGGUGGUGGUGAUCACGACUCCGGCUACUGGAAGAAGAAACUAAUUUGGAAACCAGGUUGGAAAAAAAUUUGGAAACCAGUGCAAAAGCAAAUAUGGAAACCGGCGUGGAAAAAAAUUUGGAAACCAGUUUGGGAGCCAACGAAGAAAGCUGUUUGGAAGGAAAUACAGGUACCAGCCUCAAAGAAAAUAUGGAAACCAGUUUGGAAGGAAAUUCAGGUACCGGCGUGGAAGGAAAUAAAAGUCCCUGCCUGGAAGAAAAUAUGGAAACCAGUUUGGAUACCAAUUAAGGUGCCUGCUUGGAAGGAGAUUCAAGUGCCUGAUUGGAAAAAGGUUUACAAGCCAAUUUGGAAGGAGAUAAAAGUCUCGGCUUGGAAGGAAAUACAAGUACCGGCAUGGAAAAAGAUUUGGAUACCCGAAUGGGUUAAGGUUGGCAUACCCGGUCCACAUAAAUUGGGAACCGAUCAUCAUGGUUGGAUGUACACGAGUCAUGAUCUUUGGAAGAAGAAAUUGAUUUGGAAACCAUUGUGGAAGAAAUAUUGGAAGACAGCGAAGAAGCAGGUUUGGAUUCCGGAUAAGAAAUUGGAGUGGAAGGAAGAGUGGAAGCAAAUUUGGAAGCCGGGGAAGAAACAAAUUUGGGUUGAUGAUAAGAAAUUAAUUUGGAAGGAGGAUUGGAAGCAAAUUUGGAAGCCAGGGAAGAAGCAAAUUUGGGUGUCGGAUAAGAAACUCGAGUGGAAGGAGGCGUGGAAGCAAGUUUGGAAGACGGAGAAAAAAUUGGAGUGGAUUCCGGAUAAAAAAUUAACGUGGAAAGAGGCGUGGAAGGAGAUUCAGGUUCCGGCUUGGAAGGAAAUUUGGGUGCCAGAUUGGAAGAAGAUUUGGAAACCAGUUUGGAUAUCGGAAUGGUUCCCGAAUGAGGAUCAUCAUCAUCAUAAAUCGUCAGGUUGGGAGGAUCGUAAAGACACGCAGAGUCAAGAUACACAAUUGGUGCCGUCAACAUUGCAGGCAAUUGAGAAACAAAAAACAAUUCAAAUUCCCCAAGUGACGACAAACGAGAAUCAAAUUCGAUGGGAUAGAUCGGCUCAAGUUCAGGGACAAGGGCAAUUGCUUUCAAUUACACAAGAUUUGAAACCACCGCCUUUACCAACAAAUGAAAAAGUUGUCGAGAUUGCAAAUUUUCAGGAUUUCUCGAAACCCUAGAGAGAGAGAGAAUAGAAAGUAUUUUAGUCCCUUGUGAGAAAAUCUUGUACAAAAAAAAUUUUUUUUUGUGAAGAAAAUAAUUUGUUGUAACAUAAGCCACUGUACAUAUUAAUUGUUAAGGCCUCUUAAGACGUAUGAAGUAAGAUUACUUAUUUGAGCACUCUUUACUUGACUGAAUGAUUUAUUAUUAUUAUUAUUUUUAUUUUUACUUUCACGGGAUCUAAUUGUGUCCUUUGGAAAAAAUUUUUUUGCGUUGAACGUUAAUUGCUUUAUUUGAUCGAAUUUGUAUUUUUUAUACACACGUUGUUGUUGUCUUUCUAUUGUUAUAAUGAAUUCCGUUACGAAUAAAGAUAAUUCAUAUUUUGUUAA